AUGAUAGAGACAAACGAGACAAUGGUGACAGAGUUUGUUCUGAAAGGACUAACAGAUUGUCCAGGGCUGCAGGUUCCCCUGUUCCUGCUGUUCUUAUUGAUUUAUGUCAUCACCAUGGUGGGCAACCUUGGGCUGCUUUUUCUCAUCUGGAAGGACCCCCAUCUUCACACCCCCAUGUACUUGUUCCUUGGCAGUUUAGCCUUUGCAGAUGCUUGUUCUUCAUCCUCUGUAACCCCCAGGAUGCUUGUCAACAUCUUAAACAAAGGUCAAAUGAUAUCCCUCUCUGAAUGCAUGGCCCAAUAUUAUUUUUUUGGUUCCAGUGCAACCACAGAAUGUUUCCUCCUGGUAGUGAUGGCCUAUGACCGCUAUGUAGCCAUAUGUAACCCCUUACUUUAUCCAGUGGUGAUGUCCAACAGACUCAGCACUUGGUUGAUAAGUAUGUCAUAUGCAAUUGGUUUUCUACACCCUGUUGUUCAUGUAGGAUUAUUAUUUAGAUUAACUUUCUGUAGGUAUAAUAUAUUACAUCAUUUCUACUGUGAAAUCUUGUCACUGUUUACAAUUUCUUGCACUGACCCAUCUGUUAAUGCUUUAGUUGUUUUUAUUUUUGCUGCUUUUAUACAGGCUUUUACUUUUAUGACCAUCAUAGUUUCUUAUACUCGUGUCCUCUACGCCAUCCUGAAAAAGAAGUUUGAGAAAGGCAGAAGCAAAGCCUUCUCCACAUGCUGUGCCCAUCUGCUCUCUGUCUCCUUGUUCUAUGGCACGCUCUUCUUCAUGUAUGUACGUCCUGGGUCUGGCCGAGAUAAAUACCAGGAUAAAAUGUAUUCACUGUUCUACACGAUUAUAAUCCCCCUGCUAAACCCCUUUAUUUACAGCCUAAGAAACAAGGAAGUUUUAGGUGCACUGAGAAAAGUGAUAAAGUAA